AUGGAGUUAAGAACAAUCCAAUCAGAUAUCCAAGAACCAUCACCAGAUAUUACAUUUCCAAAUAUCUCUGAUCCUCGUAUCCGCAAAUGGACGAAACAAAGCAACGUUAUUUCACUCUCGCCUGCAGCUUUGGAUGAGGUCGCACAAGGUGCUAACGUCGAGGCUCACGUGUCUGGGGUUUUAUUUAAAACCGUUGGAAAUUUGAGUAUUCCUGUUGAAGAAGGACAAGGGUACGUUGUGGCGUUUUUUGAAUAGUUAUAAGUAAUAAAAACUGAUAAUCUUUUGUGUUUUCAGUAGUAAUGAAACCGUAGAAAGUGGAAAUUUGAUGUCUAUGUCUGUCUAUCCAAAAAUUACUGGCGACCUAGAUCCUCCCAUUAGAAUUGCACUUGCACAUUUAAAUGUAAGUUGGUACAAAAAUAAUAUUGGUGGUGGUGAUGAUGGUGGUGAUGCGGUGAUGGUGGUGGUGGUGGUGAUGAUGGUGAUGGUGAUAUGGUGAUGAUGGUGGUGAUGGUGAUGGUGAUGAUGGUGAUAUGGUGAUGAUGGUGGUGAUGGUGAUGAUGGUGGUGGUGGUGGUGAUGGUGAUGGUGAUGAUGGUGAUAUGGUGAUGAUGGUGGUGGUGGUGGUGAUGGUGAUGAUGGUGAUAUGGUGAUGAUGGUGAUAUGGUGAUGAUGGUGGUGAUGUUGAUGAUGGUGGUGGUGGUGGUGAUGAUGGUGAUGUGGUGAUGAUGGUGUUGGUGGUGAUGAUGGUGGUGAUGGUGGUGAUGGUGAAGAUGGUAAUAGUAUCUAAGGUGUAGUUAUUGGUGAUGAUGAUCAUGCAUGAUAAUAAUGUCAAUUAUUUCUAUCCAAAUUUUCUAGCCUGAAAUGAGUCACUUUAAACAAGACUGUGUAUUUUUAAAUGCCAGCGCAAGGUAAGAAUACGAUACCAAUGUCUGACUGUAUUUUCGCAUUAGUCACAUGACAAACACUGUUAUGGCAGCUUCCUCCAGGCGUUCCAGUUUCCACCAAUUUAGAACUGAUAGAACCAUCCAGUAUAAAUAAAGUUAGUUUAGUUUAGAGUGAUGUUCUCCUAUAUAGAUUUCUCAGGCGGCAGUCACACUAAGUAUAUUUUCCUUGUUUUUACCAGCGGUGGUGAGCUAUGGUCCAACAAAGGAUGUAAGGUUGCUGAUGUCAAUGAAACACACACAACUUGUGAAUGUAACCACAUGAGUAGCUUCAGUUUGUUGGUCGAUAAAAGUAAACCUAACGUAAGUUAUUAUUACAUUCACAACCCAACGUUUCAACAAUCAAGUCUUGAUCACGGUUGAUCUAAAAUCACAACGUUGUUCUUUAUACUCAAGGGAUGUCAUCAUUCCCCAAUCAGGAAAAAUAUUAUUGUGGAAGAUGGUUACUGUUUUCUCUAUGCAUGGUGAGAUGAGCGUCAUCCUGCUCAUUCUGUGGUUUGCGUUUGAGCUACUGUUCUUCAUUUGACUGUUCAGACACAAACAAUGACAGCUUAUUAUGUACCUAACCUAGACCCACACGCUUAAAAUAUUAAUGAACUAAAUAUGUUCUAUUUAUCACCUAGGAUUUCAUUCCGAAAACCACCCCUGUAUCAACUGGUGAGGGUGGUGCUGGAAGUGGCAGUAGUUCGUCUUCUGGGAUUGUUUAUAUUGCUUUGUUGUUCUUACUUAUCUUGGCUGUUAUUAUCAUCAUUAUAUUUGCUGUCUGGAGGUAUGCCAUUCUUCUGUGUUCUACUUAACUUUUAUAGCUUAAAAACAAACUUUUUAUUGAGAUAACGUGACACUACAGAGAUGUAAUUUUUGUACUUUUGUUCUUAGGAAAAGAAAAGGAAAGAGCAAAGAUGAAAAAGACAGUGAAACAACCAAAUCAGGUAUUUGCUUUAAUUGCCCACAUUGCCCACAAUCCUAUCUGUAAAGGUCUAUUUACAUCACACAAAUUUUGCCUAAAACUGUCGUGUGCAACCUGCCUACAACUUGAGUUGUACUGUGUGAAUCAACAUACAACACGCCUACAACAACGUAGGUGAGUUGUGUCCUUGAUUUACACAGUACAACUCAAGUUGUGGGCAGGUUGCAUACGACAGUUUUAGGCAAACGUUGUGUGAUGUAAAUCGACCUUAAAGCUCGUCGUAUUUGAAUGUCUGAAUCAGCAUCCCUAUAGCUGUCAGUUGUGAUAGCGCUGCGUGGUACAUUAAUUGACAGAGACUUUGAGUAGGAUUAUCGGUUGCCUUGUGAGAGGGAUUGAAUUCCUGCCUAAACGUGUAAUAAAAGAGGUCGUGGUAUACUACAUCAAUAUACGGGUUCUCUUCUAGGUAAAGGCGGUGACGAAAAUGAAGCUAGCGCAUCAGGAAGUACAACUGAGGUAAGCUCAAGAAACUUUAAUCAUUCUUGCCACAAAGGAUGUGAAUAUGCGUAUUAAAAUAUCUGUGCCAAUAGGGUGGACGUGGUCAAUCAAGUCGAUCGUCGUCUUCAGGGGAGAAGAAAAAACGAAAGAGAGGGGAGGUAAUGUGUGACGAGUGUUUCUGUUUUGACCUUGGUGAUAUGAAGAGCCAAGCGGCCCAAGGCAUAUUUUAACAUAUAUACUGGGGGCCAUUUGGUCCCGCAUGCCCCACUAGUUACUAGCUCAGGCUAGGCCCUAACCUAACCCCGAGUGACAAAAAUCUUACUCUGGGGAAUCUACACUGGACCCUAAUUUUAGUCCCCCCCCCCAACGGUAAAAGUUUAAAAUAUGCACUGAGGUGAAAUGAAGAGCCAAGCUCGGCCUUGUCUGUCUUAUUCUUCUUGUUGAAUUCUUGUUUGUGGUUUUCUCCACAGGGUCGUAAAGGAGGUCGUAAGAAGAGCAAGAAGCCACAUACUUUGGACAAAGAUGCUAUCGCAGAGGAAAAUCAACAAGACAGCGAAUCUAAAGUAAGUUCUUUUUAUCUCAUGGGGAUUCACUCGCUCCUACGAGGGAAUGACGCCAUGAUAUUUCAGGGUCUACUUAGAUAGGCGUACACACAUUUGCAUUUGUUUUUAGUGGUGAGGUGACAUAAUAGAAAUCCCAGAACCAGCCGUCAAUUGAGAUAGAAAAUCAAAAUCUUGAAAAUCCAAGAUAUUGACUUGUUUUAACAAUACGUGAUGUGAUCAUAUAGGCGUAACCGUGAUAAAAUUAACCAAAAAUAACUUAAAAUAAUUGAAAUAAAACUAUAAACAAAACCUAAACUUUUUAAAAUUUUCCCAAGCCUGAAGAUACAAGAGCCUCGAAAAAACGUCAACAACAGAAAGAACGGGAGGAGCAGCUGCUCAUGAAAGAAAAAGCAAUGAUAUUCUCAGAUUAUCGUCAACCCUAUAACUUCCUCGCACAUGAAGAGGCCGCCCCUGACCCUCUGGACUCAUCUACCCCUCUUCCCACAGCAUCGAAGGCGGAUUCUUACCCACGCCGUCACAAGAGGCCGACGUCAUUUCAGGAGUCCACCCCGGGCCAACCUGGAUUUAAUUUACGUAAACAUAACUCGGAGAGCAAUUUUCCGAUGCAAGCUUUACAUCGUAGGUGGGGUGCCGACUCCCCAAGAGAUAGAAGGGGUAGCCCCCAGAGACAAGGGAGUGUACUCGAAGGUUCUAUACGAGAAGAGCCCUUAGAGGAACAAAGACUAGCGGAAGAUACUAAGGGGGAAGAUACCCCGAGGGAGACAAGUACCCCUUCUGAGAUUGUCCAAGCAAAAUCUAAAAAGAAAUUUUGGAAACGAAAAAGUAAGGAGAAUCUUAACUUAGAAACUGUCCAAGAAGGGGACCCAGCUACUCCUGAACAGGAAUCGCCUAAAAAGAAGAAAAAGAUUUUUGGAAAAAAGAAUCGAAGUGGUAGCCGAACUUCAUUGAGUGCUUCACAAGAGAGUUUAGGCGCAUCAGGUAGUGGUGAACAAAUACAGAAUGAGCCUGAAAGACUCGUAUCAAAACCGCCAUUAAGCCCUACCAAGAAGAAGAAAUUUUGGCAGCGAAAAAAAUCAAGUAGUCAAGCAUCUUUGGGUGCUACCAGCCCUAGGCCUGCAGAAUCAGGUGGAAUAUCCGACGAAGGCCUGCAGAGUGGUGAUGAUGGACUUGUAGAAACACCCGAAAAACGAGGGUCUAUUCUACGACGGUUGAGUAAAAGUGGAAGUAGGACUUCCUUAAGUAAAAGUGGAAGUAGGUCUUCCUUAAGUAAAAGUGGGAGUAGGUCUUCCUUAAGUAAAUCUGAGGAAAGCCUUCAAGGGGAGCAGGCCUCCGCAGAAGGUUCACCGAAGAAGCGUAGAUCGUCUCUCUUAGGGAAGCUAAGCAGAAGCGGGAGUAAAAGCUCUCUGAAUAAAUCCCAAAGCAGUCUCGAAGGCUUAGACUCUGCGGACGACGACAUUGGAAAGUCACCUAAACGUAAACCCUCUUUGUUGAGGAGGUUAAGUAAAAGUCGGAGUUCGUUAAGCAAAUCUGAAGACAGUCUCGAAGGUGAUCCGGGUGUUGCCGACGAUGGCUCGAAGGCAUCCCGAAGUGGUACCGAAGAUGGCACGAAGACAUCGCGAAAGUCUUCAGUUUUGCGAAAAUUAAGUAAAAGCAGUAAAACUGGUAGCCGUAGAUCAUCAAAAUCCCAAAAUAUUCCAAGCAGUUCAGGGACUGUUGAGGGUGAUGCACAAACUGUAGUCCAGCCGGGGGGUGCGGAAGAAAAACUAAGUCAGAGUGGUAGCACAUUAUCACUCAGUAAGAAGGACGUAGAAGGCGAAGGUUCAACCCUCCGUAAAAAGAAGGGAUUAUUUGGAAAGAAAAAAUCAAGCAGUAGAACUUCUUUAAAUAAGGAGGAAGGCGGAAACUAG